CAUCUUCCCCUGUUAAUGUAAUUUCAGAUAAUCCCAGAACUAUGUAAAUGAAAAAGUAUGUAGGCUUAUGUAGUUAUGUUGGAAAUAUUAUGUUGGUGUUGUACACUAUUUGAGACAUUAACGUCUGUGUAAAGUCAAUAUAAAUAUGUGUUCUGAGUUUGUCAGACCAAAGAAGACAUUGUUAUUACCACCCAGCCAAAUUUGAAUAAUUAAAAAUCGACAAGUUUUUGAAAUCAGGAGUCAAAAUUGGGUAAAAAGUAGUAGUUUUCUCAUCUCCAAGACUGUGGAGGCAUGUCCACUGAAUGUGCUGUGCUGAAGCAACGCCCACUUGUUGGAGCAGUCGAGCAGCAAUUUUGAAGUGAUUGGUUUUUUUUUUUCUACUAAUGUAAAAUAUAUAAAUACGAUCCUUUAAUUUACAUUGAAUGCUGUCACCUACUGGUUUAGUUCUCUUAGACAGUAUGACGUCCACACAGAGGUGGCCAGAGCAGGGUUUGGCACUCUUACAGCUGUUGUUGGUGGCAUCUUUCACUCAGGCUGAGGAGCCAGUGUGCAGGCUGAGAGGGCAUCCUGAGAACCCACAGAUAUCCAAGGAUGGGGACAUUAUAUUGGGGGGAAUUUUAUCUUUGCACAGCAAGGGGAAAAUCAGACAAGAGACCUACAUACAGAAACCACCGCCACUGGAAUGCACUGGUUUGAAUUUCAGAGGGUUUCAGUAUACCCAGGCUAUGCGUUUCGCCAUCGAGGAGAUCAAUAACAGCACAAACCUACUGCCUGGCAUCUCUCUAGGAUAUAAGGUCUAUGAUGUCUGUGUCUCCAUUCCCAGAGGUGUGUGGGCUGUUCUUGCCUUGGCAAACAGUAAUGAAAUGGUAUCUGCACCCUCCGAGGCACCAUGUACCAGACCUGCCCAAGUGCAGGCCAUUAUAGGAGGGGGCGCUUCCUCUUCAUGCAUGGCCAUAUCUACUGUCAUCGGAUCUUUUUAUAUCCCGCUGAUCAGUCAUAUUGGUACUUGUGCUUGUCUCAGUGAUAAAACCAAGUACCCAUCCUUCCUCAGAACAAUACCCAGUGACUACUACCAGAGUACAGCCCUGGCUCAUUUAGUCAAGUACUUUAAUUGGAUUUGGGUUGGAGCCAUACAAGAGAUGUCUCACUACAACUUGACUGGGUACCAGUGGAUAGGUAGUGAGGGGUGGAUCAUUGAUUCCAAAACUGUAGCCAGGGAUAGACAUCAUAUGCUCAAUGGUGCUAUAGGUCUGUCCAUCCCCAAGGCACAUGUUAGUGGAAUGAGAGAGUUCAUGUUGGAUGUGAAGCCACUCAAUUCAACUAGUCAAGAACUGUUUACAGAGUUUUGGGAGGCAUUAUUUAGCUGUAAAUUCAAGAAGUCAGAUGCAUCGGCAGGGAAUGAGAGAGAAUGUACUGGACAUGAAGAUGUGACUCAAGUGCAAAACAGCUUCACUGAUAUGUCACUCAUGCCUAUCUUUUAUAAUGUGUAUAAAGGAGUGUAUGCUGUGGCCCAUGCACUUCACAAUAUGCUCAGCUGUAAUAAAACAUGUGACAUGAAUGUACAGCUAGAUCCUUUUACGAUUUUACAGCACAUAAAAAAGGUUAAAUUCAAAACAAAGGAAGGAGAUGAUGUUUACUUUGAUGAAAAUGGAGACCCAGCAGCAAAGUAUGAAAUUGUAAACUGGCAGCCAUCAGCAAAUGGCAUUGUGGACUUUGUCACAGUUGGUCUUUAUGAUGCAUCUUUACCUGCAGACAAACAAAUGGUGAUGCAAAAUAAAUCUAUAAUGUGGACACAGAACUCACAACAGGUGCCUGUGUCAGUCUGCAGUGAGAAAUGUCCUCCAGGAACUCGCAAGGUUCUGCAGAAAGGAAAACCUGUCUGCUGCUAUGACUGUUUAAGAUGUGCAGAGGGAGAAAUCAGCAACAGUACAGAUUCUAUCACGUGUAUUAGAUGCGACCCUGAGUUCUGGUCAAAUGAGAGAAGAGAUGCCUGUGUAAAGAAGGAGGCAGAGUUUCUAUCAUAUGAAGAGAUUAUGGGAGCACUGCUCACUGCAGCCUCUUUAUUUGGAACAUGCAUGACUGCUGUUGUGGCAUUCAUUUUCUUCAGAUACAGACAGACUCCAAUUGUCAGAGCCAACAACUCUGAGCUGAGCUUCCUGCUGCUCUUCUCAUUGACUCUGUGUUUCCUGUGUUCUCUGACCUUCAUUGGUCGGCCCUCUGAGUGGUCCUGCAUGCUGCGACACACUGCAUUCGGCAUCACCUUUGUCCUCUGUAUCUCUUGUGUUCUGGGGAAAACAAUAGUAGUGUUAAUGGCCUUCAGGGCCACACUUCCAGGAAGUGAUGUGAUGAAAUGGUUUGGACCUGCACAGCAGAAACUCAGUGUUCUGGGUUUCACUAUUAUACAAGUUAUCAUAUGUAUCCUUUGGUUAACAAUUUCUCCUCCAUUUCCAUUUAAGAACUUUGUUACAUUCAAGGACAGAAUCAUCCUAGAGUGUGCUCUGGGUUCAGCUGUCGGCUUUUGGGCUGUACUUGGGUACAUAGGACUUCUGGCCAUGUUGUGUUUUAUUCUUGCUUUUCUGGCUCGGAAAUUACCUGAUAAUUUUAAUGAAGCUAAAUUCAUCACCUUCAGCAUGCUGAUAUUCUGUGCAGUAUGGAUCACUUUUAUUCCAGCAUAUGUUAGCUCUCCUGGGAAGUUCAGUGUUGCUGUGGAGAUAUUUGCUAUUCUGGCUUCAAGUUUUGGACUGCUCAUUUGUAUUUUUAUCCCAAAAUGUUACAUUAUCUUACUGAAACCAGAGAGGAACACAAAAAAGAAUAUGAUGGGCAAAGGGCAGCAAAAUCAUGAACACUAUCAAUAA